AUGCCCCUCUGGCUGAUUUACCACCCCCCUUCCACUUUCACCACCCCAUCCUCCAAGCAAAGCUUGGCCGCAGACAUCACCUCCAUUUACACCCGGUCCGGCCUCCCCGCUUUUUACGUGGUGGUCAACUUCAUCGCCGUCCCGGCCACUGACACGUUUGUCGGCGGGCAGAAUCCCAAUCCGGAUAGGCCCUUUGUCCGGUUUGUGGCCGACCACAUCGCGGUGCAUAUCGAGAACGAUGCGGCGCGGAUGCAGAGAAUGAGGGAGAUGGUCAAUGCGGCCCUACAGCCGCAUGUUAAAGAGAAGGGAUAUGACUGGGAGGUCCAUAUCGACGAGACGCCGAGGGGGUUAUGGGUGAUUAACGGGCUUGUGCCGCCGCCUUUCUAG